UGCAGCCUCUGAAAUCUGUGGAGGUCUUUUUCUGCAAAUGCAGGAAGAAAGCAGGUGGAUGGAUAAAUAAGCAUGGCCUUGCUCCUGGUCUCUUUGCUGGCAUUCCUCAGCUUCGGCUCAGGAUGUCGUCAUCGGAUCUGUCACUGCUCUAACAGGGCUUUCCUCUGCCAGGAGAGCAAGGUGACAGAGAUUCCCUCCGACCUCCCCAGGAAUGUGGUUGAACUGAGGUUUGUCCUCACCAAGCUUCAAGUCAUCCCAAAGGGAGCGUUUUCGGGAUUUGAAGACCUGGAGAAAAUAGAGAUCUCUCAGAAUGAUGUCUUGGAAGUGAUAGAGGCAGAUGUGUUCUCCAACCUUCCCAAGUUACAUGAAAUUAGAAUCGAAAAGGCCAACAACCUGCUGUACAUCAACCCAGAGGCCUUCCAGAACCUUCCUAACCUCCGAUAUCUGUUAAUAUCCAACACAGGUAUUAAGCACUUGCCAGCUGUUCACAAGAUUCAGUCUCUCCAAAAGGUCGUACUAUGGUUGAAUAAGAAUGGGAUUCAAGAAGUGCACAAUUGUGCAUUCAAUGGAACCCAACUAGAUGAGCUGAAUCUAAGUGAUAACAAUAAUUUGGAAGAAUUGCCUAAUGAUGUUUUCCAGGGAGCCUCUGGACCAGUCAUCCUAGAUAUUUCAAGAACAAGGAUCCACUCCCUACCUAGCUAUGGCUUAGAAAAUCUUAAGAAGUUGAGGGCCAGGUCGACUUACAACCUAAAAAAGCUUCCUAGUCUGGAAAAGUUUGUCACCCUCAUGGAGGCCAGCCUCACCUACCCCAGUCACUGCUGUGCCUUUGCAAACUGGAGACGGAAAAUCUCUGAGCUUCAUCCAAUUUGCAACGAAUCUAUUUUAAGGCAAGAACCUGAUAUAACUCAAGUUAGGGAUCAGAGAGUCUCUUUGGCAGAUGACAAGGAGUCCAGUUACGGCAGAGGAUUUGAUAUGAUGUACAGUGAAUUUGACUAUGACAUAUGCAAUGAAGUGGCUGAUGUAACCUGCUCUCCUAAGCCAGAUGCGUUCAACCCAUGUGAAGAUAUCAUGGGGUACAACAUCCUCAGGGUUUUGAUAUGGUUUAUUAGCAUCCUGGCCAUCACUGGGAACAUCAUAGUGCUGGUGAUCCUGAUUUCCAGCCAGUACAAACUCACGGUCCCCCGGUUCCUUAUGUGCAACCUGGCCUUUGCUGAUCUCUGCAUUGGAAUCUACCUGCUGCUCAUAGCAUCAGUCGAUAUCCACACCAAGAGCCAAUACCACAACUAUGCCAUUGACUGGCAAACUGGAGCAGGUUGUGAUGCUGCUGGCUUUUUCACUGUCUUUGCCAGUGAGCUCUCAGUCUAUACUCUGACAGCCAUCACCUUGGAAAGAUGGCAUACCAUCACCCACGCCAUGCAGCUGGACUGCAAGGUGCAGCUCCGCCAUGCUGCCAGUGUCAUGGUGAUGGGCUGGAUCUUUGCUUUUAUAGCCGCCCUCUUUCCCAUCUUUGGAGUCAGCAGCUACAUGAAGGUGAGCAUCUGCCUGCCCAUGGAUAUUGAUAGCCCUUUGUCACAGCUGUAUGUCAUGUCCCUCCUUGUCCUCAAUGUCUUGGCCUUUGUGGUCAUCUGUGGCUGCUACACUCACAUCUACCUCACAGUGAGGAAUCCUAACAUCAUGUCCUCCUCUAGUGACACCAAGAUUGCCAAGCGCAUGGCUAUGCUCAUCUUCACUGACUUCCUCUGCAUGGCGCCCAUUUCUUUCUUUGCCAUUUCUGCCUCCCUCAAGGUGCCCCUCAUCACUGUAUCCAAGGCAAAGAUCCUUCUGGUUCUGUUCUACCCCAUCAACUCUUGUGCCAACCCCUUCCUUUAUGCCAUCUUCACCAAGAACUUUCGCAGGGAUUUCUUCACUCUGCUGAGCAAGUUUGGCUGCUAUGAAAUGCAAGCCCAGAUUUAUAGGACAGAAACCUUAUCCACUGUCCACAACUCCCAUCCAAGGAAUGGCCACUGCUCUUUAUCUCCCAGAGCCACCAACAGCUCCAGUUACACACUUGUCCCUCUAAGCCAUUUAGCCAAAAACUAAAACACAAUGUGAAAAUGUAUUUGAGUGCUGAAUGACAAUUUCCUUGACUUUGAAGAAUAUGUCACGGGACAGCUGCUAGAAUGCAUCUACAUAUUCCAUCUACUUUAUCCUUCCUGGCAUACCUGUAAUGUAAAUGGGCCACAAACUAUUAAUCCCAUGUGAUAGAUUAGGAAGCUGACUUAUUAAUAAAAAGAAUAAUUAAAAU